AUGGAGCGCUAUGUUACCGAAGAAGAUGUCCUUUUUUGUUUGGCGGUUGUUGAGGAAAUGGAUUCCCUUAGACGUUCAGUUGUAGCGGAAGGGCGUAAAGUUGGGGUCGAGGUGCUCUUGCUGCGAAGGGGCGAGCGAAACUGCGGAGCAUCUUUUUGUGACCGAUCCAGUGGCUGCGACCGUUUGGGGUCACUUUGGUCACCAGUUCGGGCUUUUGCGGAGGGGGGUAUAUGGGGUAUCUUCUGUGCUGAUGUCGUGGUUCUUAUCCCACCCGAUGGGCAUGCACGGAAGUUGGGGCAGUCAUUUCGGGGCGACAGGGAUUGUAUUUGGGCUAGAGGGAUUCAGGGAACGGGGGCGGUGAAGCAGCCGCUCCUUGUAACAUGGGACAGGCCCCCCGCGCCAUAUCUGAAACUGAAUACAGAUGCCAGUGUUGGAAUAUAUGGGGCAUUCGGUGGCGGCGUAGUCCGGUCGAGCGAGGGCACGGUGAUCUUUGCAUUUUACAAGGAGUUCGGGGAGGUUGGUGUGGUCCACGCAGAGGCAUUGGCAUUGAUGACCGGGUUAACCCUAUGUCGCGACAGACAAAUGACUGACAUCAGGGUAGAGAGCGACUCUGGGACGCUCGUCCAGAUGGUCAAUUCGGGAGCUUUGGCACGCUGGCCGGUAUGUAACGUUUUGAGGAAUAUACGGGGCUUAGUGACAGAAUUGGGGGCGUCACUUUGCCACAUCUAUCGGCAAGCUAAUAUGGUAGCAGAUUCUCUAGCUUCUUUACAGCUGGGCCAAGACCAGGUGUACACCGGUGAAGAGUUACUUCCACGUAGGGUUUGUCGUUUCAUACGUUUAGAUAGCCUUGGGAUUCCUUAUGUUAGAGCGUAA